AUGGUCCUCAAGGCAAUUCUAGCUCUCGCAGCCAGACUCGACGCCAUCCUAUCAGGCGCUAGCGACUGGGAAGCGGCCGAAUAUCACGGCCAAUGCUUGGAACUCUUGAUCGCUGCACUGGCGCAGCCGGAGGAUACCUACGAUGACAACCUCCUUAUCACAGUUGUGAUUCUACGCAUCUACGAGGAACUGGAAAGCAGCAACGACGAAAAGUACCAUUUGUUCGGCUCAAACCGUCUCCUCAACACCAUGUCCAGAUCGGCGUCAUCCGGGGGCCUAGCCGAAGCCGUGAGCUGGCAGUUCCUGCGGCAGGCGAUAUAUGCAUCUGUCGUCCAGUAUCAACCCAUGCAAUUGGACCUGGAGAACUAUGAGCGCUCGGCUGUCUUUCACCGGCGAGACGAUGCUGCGUAUGCCAAUGUCAUCAUCUACCUCUGUGCUCGGAUUCUUCAGGGCGGAGGAGCGUACACCCGUGGCAUGGACGAGGAGACAUGGCGUCAACUCUCCGAUAGCGUUGAGCAAUGGCAUCGAGAAAAGCCAGUCAGUUGGCAACCGUUGAAGUACAAGCCGGCGAACAUUGCGGAGAAUCGACCAUUUCCUGAGAUCUGGAUGAUGUCUCCGCCAGCAGUGGUCGGAAUGCAGUACUAUCACACCUCGUGUAUCUUUCUCACUCUGUCAAAUCGACACUGGCAAGCCGCUAGUGACUAUGAGCUGGCCCGUUUGCAGCGUGUAGUAGAGGUAAGAUUGUUCUGA